AUGCCGCCACCAAAGCCAAAAAGAACAAAAAGGGCUCAGCCAAAGGCCAAAGUGACUCAGGUUGAAUCUGAGGACACUUUGCCUAUUUCCAAACUGGUUGAGAGUAAGAAGGCUUCUUCUGCUCCUGCAAAAAGGUCUGCUGAAACCCCACCCUCUGAGUCCACACAGUCAAAGAAGCCAAGGUCGGCCUCAGCUACUACCUCGGGGUCCAAGAAACCGGAUGUCCCUAGGGCUCCCAAAAUUACUUUGGAAGACAGGCCAAUUAUGUCCAAUGAAAGCGCCAACGACAUAAAUGUCGGCGUUGCCCUCAGCACGGCGUUGCUUCUUCCGGGUGACCUCGAGCGAAAUGCUGAGUAUAGUGAGUACGAGAAUUACGCUCUAAUGUUCCAGCACUCCGUUCAAGAGAACAAAACUCCCGAAUCAAAGAUGAAAGAACUGGAAGACCAGGCUGAGGCUGCCACCAAAGCCCAAACCCUUGCCGAGGAGAAGGCCGAAUCUGCCGAGGCUAUUAAGAUGGUUGCCGAGGCCGAAAAGAGAGAGGCCGAGGACAAAAAGGCCCAAGCGGAAAAGGAACUUCAAGAUGCGUUAUCUACUAAAGACGCCAAAAUCAAGGCGGCCGACGAAAAGGCCUAUGCUCAAGGAAUAGCCGAUGUUACAGAAGAAUACAAACUACAAGUUAGGCAGGUGUGCAACAGGGGCUUCUCCCUUGGUUGGAUGGCCCUUGCAAAAAAACUUAAUCUUCCUGAGAAUUCACCAUUGCGCCAAGCCGACGCUAUUCCUCUUCCAUUUCCUCCACCUUCACCUCUAAGCCAAGCUGAAGAUGAAUCUGAGUCUGAAUCUGAGGAUGAGGAUAAGGAUGAUAAUGAAGCUUUGGAUGAGGAGGUUAUCAAGGAGACCACUCCUGAGCAAGCAUCAUCUGAUGUUCCUCAAAUUGGCAAGAGCGUUGAUGAAACUCUUGCCGAGAUUGAUGCAGAACUUGCAAUGGAGAAGGCGGCCGAAGUAGCUCUUCAAGAAUCUGCAGAGGUCCAAACCAAAGUUGCUCUUGAGGCUGAGGAACCACAACUUUGA